AUGAGAGCACAUCUCAUCGCCCUCACAGGGCUCAUCUUCAGCCCCCUACCUACCACCGCAGACCAAAACAUAAAGGUUGAUGGCGUCGCAAAACCCGACUUUGCCUCUAUCCCCAACCUGGUUUGUCUCUCAAUCCUUCUCAUCCUCGGCUUGGCCCUGUUACGAAGGACCUACUCACCGGCACAAGAUCAACUAACCACUCGACUCUUGCAGUCUGGCUUCCUCAACCAAGCUGUUGUUCCUCUAGAAGAAGCCUCGGAAACACCCAGCACACCUCGCCAUGUUGAAGCAAACAAGAAAUUGACCAAGGCUAUGGCGAAGGGGUGGGGGAACUGGAAUGCCCAUCAUCCCAGACAUCGACUACUAGAUGCCCUGUACGGAUAUAGUAGAUACUAUGAACGUCAAAAGGCUGAACUUGGUCGAUUGGAGGGUCUCUAUAAACAUGUUUCAAAAGCUCAAAAGUCCCUACUAGAGCACUCAGUUCAAUACUCCAAGAAAUUCACUCGCAUUGACAAUCUUCUCAAAAAGAACCAAGAACUCUGCAACAGAAUCGUGCAACAGGCAAUGCACUUCUACGGCAUUGACCAUGAUGAACUCAACAAGCACAUCCAAAGCCUUGAAGUAUCAGGGAAACUCGCCGACAAAAUCUCAGUCUCUCAAGCCUUGAAGCAUUAUGUCCGUGACUGGACCGAGACAGGCGACGCCGAGAGAAAAGGCACGUUUUCGUGUCUGACUAAAACGCUAGAGAGCUUGUUCCCCGAGAGACAAGGGGGUAAGCCAGUGAAAGUGCUUAUUCCUGGUGCUGGACUUGGAAGGUUGGGACAUGAUAUUGCAAGACUUGGGGGCUUCGACGUAACUAUCAACGAAUGGUCCAUGUACAUGAAUGUAGCAUAUCGCUUCCUCGAAGCCAACCUCUCUCAAAACUCACACUCCCUCCACCCCUUCAUCGAUGGCUGGUCUCACCACGCCACUGAAUCCAACAUGGUUCGCCCUCUGUCAUUUCCUGAUGUUACCCUCAACUCCACCUCCGUGGUCCUGGUCGAAGGCGACUUUACAACGGUGUUUUCCACACCAGGCGAAUACGAUGUUGUAGUCACGUACUUCUUCAUCGACACAGCACGUAACCUCAUGAGCUAUCUCGACACGAUAAAAAAGGUUCUCAAACCAGGUGGUCACUGGAUCAACCUGGGGCCAUUGCUUUACGGUACAGGGCCAUUUGUGCAGUUGAGUUUGGAGGAGAUCUUGGUGGUCUGUGAAGCGUUGGGUUUUGAGUUUCUUGAAACAGAUGAAAGCUGCGGAGAGAAGACGUUUGAAGGAAGGACGGUCAGGGCGAUGGAGGCGGCUUAUGGGUUCGAUGACAUGGCUUUGACAAAGAGUGCCUAUAAUGCGCAGUUUUGGGUGGCGAGGAGGUCUAUGAAGCCUUAG